AUGGAGCUGACCACAGGGUUUGCGGCGAUCACUGUCCUACCAGCGGGCACAGGCUUCUGCGCUGACGACAACGGCAGCAAGUGCAAGGAGCUUGGCCGCGAAUUUCACAAGGGUGACUACGGCGUCGCGCGCUUUGCGUGCCGACAGCUCUGCGAGGCGUGGCGUGGCUGCCAAGCCGUCGAGCUUCUUCGCCUCCACAAGGCGUAUACGCUCUGCAAGGUGUGCGGUUCGGCCGCCACGCGCACGAACAAGGCGCCGGCGAACAACGUCGAGUGUCUCACUUACAAGGACUGA